UUCUUCUUAAUGUUCUUAAUAAUUACAGCGAAUUACAAAUUUGCUUAUAGUUUGAAUUGUCUGCUUCUGCUGCUAAAGCGUUCAUGAAUCAUGAUGUCUUUGAAGAAUCAUAUGUUUAUAACCUAGUAUUUUAGUUCUAAGGUUGAGGAGUUAGCUUCCCUUGUUAAGGACAAUCUUCCUUGCAAGCACCUUGUCUUAUCUAUGGAAGAAGCCUUUGUUGAUUUUCUUCAGGACGAUACGAGUUCAAAUGGGGUGUUGGAGUUGGAACCAAUGAAUUCUUAUAGUCGUCUUCUUUUACAUCGGCUUGCUGAUAUUUUUGGAUUUUCUCAUCAUUCAGUUGGUGAAGGAGAGGACCGGCACUUAAUUUUGGAGCGAUGCCCUGAGACAUCAAUCAAUUUAACCUGCAGCCCUUCCAUCCUUGUUAGAGAUUUAUUGUGGCAGUAUGGUGAAGUGCAGUCUCCCAAGAAAUUUGAUAUACUAUCACGAAAGCAAGAAGUUUCAGAUGGGUUGCAGGUAGAGAAUCAAAAGAUGCUAAAUUUUAAAUUUUCACUCGAGGAGAGAGAAGCAGCGUAUCUCGCUGCCCGUGAGCGGAUAUUUGCAAUUGAUGGAAAUGGGACAGAACAUAUGACUGAGAGGCCAAGGAAGGAUCUUAAGGUUGCCCGCAGAAUGAUAGAACAUGCACUUGGCCAGAGAAUCAGGCCAUCCAACAAUGAGGUAAACUGCAAGGAAGAAGGGGGAUCAAACCCGAACAAUGUUCAUUCGAAGUCGGGUGGUAAUCCUGAAGGGAGCAAAUCACGGGAUACUGAGAUGAAAAUGCCUAUAAAUGAUGGCACAGGUUCUUUGGGAGAAGCAAAAAACGAUGGCAGCAGGAUUCAGAAAGAAAACUUCAGAGAGCAGCAUAUGGGAGCUGCUAAGAGAAUGUUUGCUAAUGCUCUAGGAUUUUCGAGAGAUGGCAGUCUAUCCCGACAAAGUGAAUCAAAACAUACCAACAGAUAAACCUCACGGUAGACUUUACACAGACUCUUGCUUUUUGUACUCUGGAGGAGCUCAGCUGGUAUUACGUAUUUCCAGUCUGUGAUUGACUGCAGCUAGAUUAUAUACAAAGCUGCAGUGGUGUUCUACGGUAGCAUUUGACCAGACAAGAAAGAAUCACGGUACUUGUGUACCACUCACAUCGAUAGCCAUUCGAGAUGUUUGUCAUCAACGUGUUCAAGGAGAAUGAAGAAGACCCGUGUUAUGCCUUUAUCGUUCAUCUAGUGUUGUUGUGCUGCCCAGGUUCCCGUGGUCGUAUAAGGUUGGAACUUGGAAGUGAUCGAGGUUGUCAGAACUACUUUUUCUUGUCUACCCACAUCUUGUUUUCCUACUGCCCUUCAAAGGGGAUCAUACAAUUACAGACUACAGAGCCACAUGCCACCUAUAAAUAUAAUUAUGGUGAUGCUUUGUUUCUCUCCUCUCUUUUGGCCAUGUAACUGCAAAUUAGGAACCUUAGUUAUUUCAGCUGUAAGAUUCAUCCAACGUUUUUCACAAUGUAAUUUAGAUCUUAGAAGAAAUAUGGUCUGUAACUAUUUAUGUUAUGAUCCAGGAUUUAAUUUUGAAAUUGGGAGAUUAUUAUGAAUCAUGAAAUCUUAGAUUGAGCUUUCAAGUGAUUUA